AUUUCAUACUAGAUACUUGUAAGUUGUAAAUGGUUCUCAUUUCAUGUACACCAACGAAUGUGGUUCAAAUAUCAAAACCUUUCCUUUCUUUUUCUCUUUUCCUUUCUAUCUUUCCUUCUUUCCCAUCUUAACUUCUCUCUUCUCUGUUUAGCUACUUUUGUUUGAAGCUUCUUGUUGAAUUCUUAUUCUAAAUUUGCUACCCCGGCCCUUGGUGGUUCUACCUGGUUCAUGGAUAUUGAUUUCUUGUUGGCUCUUGGGGGGUGGUGUAUUACUAGUAUUCCUGGUUGCAUGGCAACAAUUACAAUAACAUCAUCAUCAUCUUCUUCUUCUUCUUCUUCUUCAUCAUCAUCAUCAUCAGCUCAUGAUCGGUCCAUCAUCAAAUGGGACAUUUCAAAAACAUUACUUGUUUUCUUAUUCUUUAUAAGCUUUAUCUUUGUUACUCAUCUUUGUAACCCUAAUCCAACAUCGGUUACAGACGAAUCGAAGAUGAUGACAGCCAUGGAUUCUUCACCGCUGAUUACAAGAAGAUUCUUGUCUCAACCAUCUACAACUUCACCUACGUCCACGUCUCAUGAUGACAAUCAUCAACAUAGUAGUACUAAUACCAUGAAUUUGAAUCCUCAUGGCAGUAGUACUCGUACAAAGAAUUCAUCCAAACAGUUUGAAGCAAGUGACCAUGAAGUCCCAAGUGGUCCAAAUCCCAUCUCUAACAGGUAGGAUUAAUCACCAUCAGUGCUGCUGCUGGUAUCAUCAUAAUCGAGCUUGUUGUCGAUGAAGAAAAGAACCAUACAUUUACAACAUCGUUGUCAUCAUCAUCGCCGUACGUGGUCACAACGUUAUAUUUAAUAUUACUUGUCUUCUAUCUCAGAGGUUUGUUACCAUUAAAUUUGUGUUAGCAUCAUCGUCAUGAUCACUCACCUGUCUUGGUAUUAAACAUUUAAAUAUCAUCAUCAUUUUCUCUUCUUUGCUUUCUCUUCUUUGCUUACUAGAAUGUGUAUAGCAAGUGAAUACUAUGGGUAUUAUGUUAUGGUUAAUUUUUUAUAUUUGUUGUUGUUGUUCGGGACAAAAUUUAAGCUACCUGAAUUGAAGCUAAAAGUCUAAUUAACUUUUUAUGUUAUAAUAAAUUGCUCUUAAAUUUGAC